AUGCCAAGACCAAAAAAAGUCGACGAGAUUCGCACAAGAAACUUGCGAAUAGAUACGGAAAAGCGCAGCGAAGAAGAAACCCAUAGGACAAAUGAAUGGGCGCUGUUGAAACUCGAAAAGGAGCAUUGGGAGGAAGAACGGAAGGAAUUGGAGCGAGAGAAUGAGCACCUGAAGAUGCUACUCGACGACGGAGAGAAGCUUGUGAAGUUCUUUAGAAACCAAAUCCAAGCUCUGAAGCAAGAGGCUCGGGAAGAUGAUAGAGCGGAAAAAGCGGAGAAUGAAGCCGCAGAAAUGCUUUCUUCAUACGAGCAACACUUUUCCCAAGCUGUUGAGGCUGUGAAGGAAAAUCUCCAUAUGGAGUCUCCAUAUCCAGAAAGAGAAGGAAGCAGAAGUGUCGCCGCUCCGGGAAAGGCUGUCCAACAUGUCCGCGUUUCGAUUUAA